CCAGCUCUGUAGCGAAGUUUUUUGAGUCCUGCACGACGACUACAGGUUCGUCUACGGGAGGAGGAGAAGCAGCCUCGAGUGGAGGAAGGACGGGAUUAAUGUCUAAAGUUAUGCCACUACAGGACUCAUUUUUAUAAGCGUAACUUGUUAUUGGCUUUGUUCUUGGCUCUCUGAAUUUGAUGCUUGCUAAGACGUGUGCUUUUUUGUUUUAGAUUUAGCAGUGAUAUUCAAACUCAUGUGAUGAGUCUAUAGGUACUGUAUAAGGCUGCUCCGCUGAGUAAAUAUUCUCGUCCUGAAAGCCCAUUUCUAAUACCACGCAAUGGAUAGCAGAGGUGAAAUCGCUGACUGGUGAUGGGUUUAACGUGCCCGCUUUGACAAAGCUCUUCGAACGCUUGCAGUUGCCUCAGGACGCUCUUGCGUUGAAGAAACAAGCAACCUCAGGAGCGACCCCGUUCCUUGAAGGCACAAAGCCCGCACAGAGAUUAAGGCUUGUAGAAUGAUGUGAAUGAAGUAUUUCUAUUUUCUUUUUCUACUAAUGUCAGAAGGCGGAGCGACAUUUUCAGUAGCGCUUGAGCGCCACUGCUUCUGGGUAGGGCAACAAUUUUCAUUGGUGCUGAUUUUCUGAGGUCUAGUUUAAGAAAGAAUCACUAGAUCUGGGGAUUUGCACAUGCAGCACCAAUCAAGGAUCAACAUUAUCAUGGGGAUGGGGUUGCAUAUGGUAGCUCUAAAUUAAGCAGCGGAAGCACUCGAUCCAUACAGCGGGAACAUUGAGGCCUACAUGGAUCUUUGUAGGAUGAGUGUUGUCGCAGCACAAGAAGAAAGCCAAAAAUUAGGACAAGGAUCUAAACAAGACCUUUUAACGAUAAUAUGAUCGAUUAUACCACAGAAGACCAACAGUAUCAUCUUGACUCGUUGCGCGUCUGUCUUGUUUUCCUAGGAGGCCGGUACAUUAAGAUGUACUUAGACUAAGAGCUCCAGCUCGACGAGCGUCACGAGAAUUAGUAUCAUGUAGAUGAAGAGCUUAGAUCUUAUACUAUCGUGAAGACAGGGAGGAGGAGCUCCCGCUCUAAGAAAAGCAGGCGAUGGCGCUGACGCAGCUUCUGGCAACAAAAAACAAAUGCCUCCAGUUGUUGUAGAUAUUGCCUCAGUUGUGAGUACUACACCCGCUGCAGCCGCGUCUGCACCCACAGCAGGCAAAGAUUAAGAGCACCUACUCGAGGUGAGUCAAUUUUUACCAACGUGUUUUAUUCAAUUUCAAAUCCACCAGCAUGUUUUUUGAGCCAACGACUUCCUCAGCUGGCUCUAAAAAGACGUCGCCAGGCCUUCGGUAUCGUCUUGUUUACCGACGUCUUUUAGUCAAUUUCCUUAGUUCUAAAAAGAGGUCGCCAUGCCUUCGGAGGUAUCCUCGGAAGCUACCAAGGGUUUAGAUCCUCCCUUUGUACACACCGCAACCCUUCGUUUGUGGCGAGUUGCAUCUGCGCGCCACGGAAACUUCAUACAGAGGACGAGCUUGU